AUGUGGAAACAAUUUACGCACAAUGGCAAUUAUAAAUGGAUCGACUUGCUACCACGUCUCGUGUCAGAGUACAACACGCGAAAGCAUCGAACUAUCGGUAUGCGACCUUCUGACGUAACUCCCGCUAUCGCCGAAAGACUCUUGGGUACGGUAUACAAUGCGAUAAAGAUCGCUGGUCCCGCAAAAUUCGAAGUGGGUGACGCUGUACGCGUGAGCAAAUACAAGACGAUUUUUGAGAAGGGUUACACGCCAAAUUACCGCGGAAAACCGGUCGCUGGAGGAUUCUACGAGCACGAGUUGCUUCGCGUCGCUAAUCCCAAUGUAUAUCUAGUUGCAAAGAUGUUGCGUAAGAAAGGAGACAAGGUGUACAUCAAGUGGCUGGGAUUCGAUGGAUCGCACAAUUCGUGGAUAAAUAAACAAGAUGUCGUUUGA